CAGACGUAAUUUCGGCUUAGCGGCGCGCAGACAUCAAGAAACGCUACGCACACAGUAUUCGAACCGGCUUAAACGAGCAAAACGGCAGCACACGCUAGUCAGCAGCGGGGAGGACGGAGAGGGUGUAGGCAGAAAAACGCAAAAUAUUUAAUAUUUAUUUACACACAGGCACACGCAUAUAAAAUCUGCAAUAAUGUUGCAAGUUUUUAAGGCAAAUCAGCUGGUUGUGUUGUUGCUGUUACCGCUAUUUUUAGCCAGCGACGCAAUCGAGCUGCUGGAGCAAAACAACAUAGAAGUAUUGGAACUAAAGGCAACAAAUGCAACGCCGGCAAAUCAAACCAAAGCCAAAGCCGCAAGCAAUGCGCUUCCGCGGCAAUAUCCACCACAGUUUGGUGUCCCCUCAGGCGCUGGCGGCGGACUUGGUGCCGGUGGCGGUUUCAACAAUUUCGCCGGCUGUCCACUCUGCGAUGCUUCGGUUUACAGUUACUGUUCGCAGAAAAUGCUGCACGACGACUGUUGCUGUGAUUUUCCAGUGGUCCAGCUCCGCCCUCCACAAUGUUUCUAUACCGACUGCUCACUGUUGUAUGCCAAAUCCUGUUAUGAACACUCGCUAAUCAAGAACUGUUGCUGUAAUAAUCCUUACUGAAUAAAUGCAGAAAUUUAGAAAAUAUUUAAGACAAAACCGUAUUAUAUUAAAAUUAAAUUAAACUUA